AUGAUGAGCUCAGUUAGAUCGAGAGAAAAUAGAAAGCAUUCUCAGGCUAGCAAAUCAUUAAAUUUCAGUCUUCCAAAAAGAGCUUCAUCCUAAAUAAAAAUCCAUCAUUUGCCUAGCAUCUCUAAUAAUUCAACAUGUUGCAGCAAUUCGAAUACCUCAAGUCCUCCAUAGAGUUGUUCGAAGUUAGAGGACGAUUGUGUUGAUAUUUCUCCUGUUUCUAAAAAUACAUCCGAAGAUCCCUUGAAUUACUUUAAUUAUGAGGAUUUCAAUUCGAUUCUUCCCAUCACUAUAAAUGGAGUAAAGAUCUUGAAGGUUGAUUGGAGUUACUUUUCAGCUCCUCCAAAUAAUUUGUCACGUUGGAAAGCACAUUGCUUCUGGACUGUCGGAUACACUUUUGACAUCAACAUGAAGAAAAUGAAGAAAUCUUCAAAUAUCAAAUACCGACUUGUUAUUUAAAGUUGGUGUUGUCUCAACAACAAAUCUUGGGUGAAGAAUAAAUGGGAUCGAUUGCUGGAACAUGAAACUGGACAUUAUUUGAUUGGAUGUCUUUGUGCCUUAGAAUUCAAAUAAAAAGCUGACAAAUUCAAGUACACCAAAAAUUACAGGAUGGAAUGCACUAAAUUGUUUUAAGAUACCUUCCAAUACUACCUCCAAAUGGAAAGGCAAUAUGAUGAAGAAACAAACCAUAGUUAGAAUGUUUCAAAAUAAAAAGAAUGGAACGAAUUCAUCAAGGCAGAGCUUUUAAAAUAUUGAUCAUUUAUUAAUAAUCUAUCUCAUUAAUAUCAAAAAUUUGUUGA